AUGGGUCGAUUGCAUCAACCGCUGUCAGACGUUGGUCUAGUCGCGGUCGGGUCCGCGCGAAUUCCCGUGCGGUUCGCGCCUGGGGGUCGCGAACGAGUCCCCGUCAGUCGUGAAAAAGAUCUCCCAUGCGGACUAGAGCUCUCGCCUCGCUGCUUCCAGUGCUCAGUCAUGUCAAUGCAAGUGUCUUGCGUCGGCAGUUGCUCAGCUCGGAAGCUUCGGCGUCCAUGGAUCGACCGCUCGAGGUCCGAGCCGUACGAGUCCUACCAGGAGCAGCCGAAAUCGGCCCCUUCAAGUGAGGGUUGGCACACGCUGUCACUCGAUACAAACGCGAAGCCAUUUGGUCUUGACCAAACCUUUCGAGUCCCACCGAGAAGUGACGAGAUGAUAACUCCCAUGCCAACAUUACUAGAGUCUCCACCUCUGAUGGGGAAGCGGAUCCCGAUCCAGAGUCUCGUCUUCAAGACGACGUUGUCUACUGGCGCUUCGGGUGAAGUGUGGCUCGCUCAGCUCAAAGGCCAGCGCGUUGCUGUCAAGCAGCUACUCCAGACGAACGAGCGUACUCUGAAGGACGUUAAAGACUUUGUAGACGAGAUCAGACUGAGUGCGAGUUUGGGCCACCAACACGUUGUAUCAUUUAUCGGAGUGGCCUGGAGCAGAGUCGACAACGUGGCGAUGGUGAUGGAGUUCUGUCCGAUGGGCGACUUGAGACGGUUCUUGGCUGAGAGCGGACGGUGGCUGUCCUGGUCCCGAGACAAGAUCCGCAUGGCGAUAGGAAUUGCGCAAGCUCUUCGAUACCUUCACGAGCGAGAGCCACCGAUUAUUCACAGAGAUCUCAAGUCCAAGAACAUUUUACUCACCGACACUUUAGAGGCGAAGAUCAGCGACUUUGGCGUGAGUCGAUCUCGAAAAGAUGGCUUCAUGACGGCUGGGGUCGGUACGCCCUACUGGAUCGCACCGGAGAUUCUUGAAGGCAAACGGUACACUGAACAAGCGGAUAUUUACUCGUUCGGAGUGGUUUUAUCCGAGCUGGACACGUGCAAGAUGCCGUUCUCUGACGUCGUUACGGCAGAGGGAAAGAAACCCAAACCAGUUCAGAUCCUGCACUGGGUUCUGGAUGGAAGAUUGAGUCCAACUUUCUCCGACAAAUGUCCGAGUCGGUUGGAACGCAAUGUUUGCAGCAUGAUCCGAAGCUGCGGCCGACUGCAGCCGAGCUAA